ACACUGCGACAUAGAACGCUGCAGUUUGCCGCCAUUGCCGCGCAGAGAGAGAGAGAGAGAGAGAGAGAGAGAGGUGUCUUAGUCUGGAAUGGCAGACAGAUCAGGGGAAAGCGUCGAGCUGGAGCAGCUGCUGGAGGAUCGAGGCAUUAAGGGUGUCGCCGGCCACGGUGACGCCGACUUGCGUGCCUUCAACUACCUCAUCCGUUCGCUGCCUUCUGAAGCAGUGAAGGAUUUGCUCUCAGUCGGGAUAUGCAGCCGUUGCAUCUUACGUUUGUUUGGGAUUCCAGAACCCGUAGGAUGUUCGCCGUUGCCUUUGGCAUCUAUCUUUUGCCGAGUUCUUGGUGUGUUGGAGUCACCGGAAAAUGUGGAGGAUAGUGGGGUUGAGGAGGAUGAAGGGAUUAAGGAAGCUUGUAGGUCUGAGGAAUCGGAUGCCGAGCCAGCUGUAUGCAACAUAUGUUUAGGUAUCUUGCAGUUCAGUUGUAAUGAUGACAAGAAAGUACUAGAGAGGAAGGAAGGUGCUGAUGGUUUGGCUACUACCAUUGCUGAGGUGGUCAAGCAACAAGGUCACCAAAUUGAUAGCUUCUCGCUCGAGGUUUCUGUUCCACCAAUAGUACAAGAGAACGAACGCAAAGUUUGGUUAUCUAUGAAAAGAAAAUACGGAUCUCAUAUAUUGUUCCAGGAGAAGUCAACAUCUGAAUGCAUUUCUUUAAAGGAUGCUUUAAAAUCUUUAAUUGUGGUUCCUCUUGAGGAGUUACUGGGUGCUAAAUCUGGCAAAGACGCAUUCAAGAUUCGUUUGACGUAUACUGAACCAUCAAACAAAAUCGAGAGGGAUCAGCUACCAAAGAAAAGGAAAAUAGGAACCGAGAAUGGCUCGGACAUGGUCGAUGAGUUAACAACUGCUGGUGCUGGAUGUACUGAUAAUAGUGCCUGGGAAGAGACUUCAAUCAAUGGGACAUAUUUUAAUGGUCAAGCUGACCCUGAGAUUUCUGAGUGCUUCAAGUUGUUGCCAAAGAAGGUCAUGGAACCUUGCUCCUUUUCAUUGCAUUGCUCUAGGAAUCCUAUCUACUUUAGUGGUAGAUACCUGAAGUACUCGAGAAACGUGAGCCAAACUUGUUGGAUGAUUGAGGAUGAAAGAAAGGGGGAGGCAUCUGUUGAGGAAAUCAUAGGCAGCUGCAUUCUGCCAAUUUCUGGUGGCGAUAAGUACAAAUUUCAUGCUGCUGGUAGAGAGGACAUUGACGUCCGGAUGUUAGGUUCAGGCAGACCAUUCUUGAUCGAGAUACAAAAUGCACGGAAUGUGCCAUCUGAGGUGUCUGUAAAGGAAAUAGAAAAUAAGAUUAAUAACUCGGAAAGUAAAUUGGUGAGCGUUAGGAACCUUAAAGUGGUUGGUAGCGAGGGAUGGUCUAUGAUGCGUGAAGGGGAAGCAGAAAAGCAGAAGCAAUACGCUGCACUAGUGUGGAUAUCUCGGCCACUUGAGGAUGCUGACUUGCAGAAGAUAUCAUCAAUUAAAGAUAUUGGGGUUUUGCAGAGGACUCCUAUCAGGGUGCUCCACCGUCGAAGCCCCCUCGAGCGUGAAAAAGUUAUUCAUUGGAUGAAGAUUGAUAAAAUUGCUGGAAGUUCCCAGUACUUUAUUUUGCAUCUCUGUACACAGGCCGGGACCUACAUAAAGGAGUUUGUUCAUGGGGAUCUCGGGCGUACACAUCCCAGUAUUGGAUCAGUUCUGGAGUGCAGAGCUGAGAUUUUGCAGCUUGAUGUCACAGAUGUGAAGAUGGACUCCUUUUGACAAACUACUCACUAAGUCAGGGUUUGAAUUUGUGGCGACGUUUCUCAGAGCAGUCAUUGGUCUAUAUUCUAUACAACCAUGAAGGAUGGUUCCCAGCUCGUCAUUUGAGAGCUAAGUAGGUCAUGUCAUAGUUUGGUUUAUGUCUGGACAAAUGUAAUGGACCUCAGUGGAUGCCAAACACAUCCUUAAUAUGCCAUAUGUCGUGACGAUCAGAGAAUAUAUUUGAGCAUUCAAAUGCUAAAUCCACUUGACCCAAAAA